AGAGAGCAGCUGGUUACUGAGAACGCCUAGCUGUUGCUGGUUAACCUAAUUACCAUUAGCUCCACUAAAGCAGGAGAGACGAUGCUGUUCUUGUUUGGCUAAAGAUGAUUUCAGGACGGCUGUUGUUGAUGUUUGUAGCCACUGCAAUGGCACAGAACGAUUUAUUUGUAGACUGUGGCGGCGAUGAUUCGGUCACUAUCCGGUGGAGACCCAGACUGGAUUUGUUUCAGAAAUUGGAUCCGUCCAGAGCUCUGCUGGGAAACUGUCCGCCAAGCUUCACGGUGUCCGACUACACGCUGCUCUUCUACGUGUUACUGCGAGACUGCGGCUUUCUCAAACAGGUGACGGCGGAUAGAGUGACGUACUCAAACAUGCUGAUCUAUGACCGACGGCCGGAGCAGCCUUUCAUUUCCCGAUCGGUCCAGUGCGUCUAUGACUCAACUGUAAGCAAGACGACAGCGUUCAGUGCUGUGGAAGAAGAUGAGAAUGAUGGACCGGUGGCCUUCAGCUUGGAGCUCAUGAAUAGUGAAUUCAGUGCUCCGGCUCUGUCUUCGGCUCCGAGGUUCUGGCUGGGCUCCGUUAUUCCCAUCAGAGCCGUAGUGGAGUCACAGACCCACAGGCCGCUGUGGAUCUACAUGAAGAGCUGUGUGGCCGCCACAGACGCAGAUAUCAGCCGCGCUCCUCAGGUGCAUCCCAUCAUCAUCAAUGCUGGGUGUCUGACAGAAAGCAAAUCCGGAAACUCCAGCUUUCUGCCGAGGCGGCAUCCUGCUGAAAUGCGCCUCUAUCUCCAAGCCUUCAAGUUUGCUCUUGGACAGAAUAUUUUCCUCCACUGUGAUCUGGAAGCAUGGGACGUUCAGCGCAUGGACAGGAAGGCGUGUCACUACAUGCAGCAGCAGCGCAGGUGGGAGCUCUUGGAUGAUCCGUCCCAGAGUUACGCAUGUUCCUGCUGCGAUUCCACCUGCUUCGGGGGAACAGACUCCACGAAAGGUAUGUUGGCGCGUAAAGUUCUGGGGCCGUUUGUGAUGGAGGAUAAAUCUCAGAGCAAUACGUCUCUGGACACCCAGCCGAGCUCUGAACGUGGUCUGACUGAAGCGUCAGUGUGGCUCCUGGCGUUUUCGGUGGCAGCGGCGCUAGUGACUGUCAUGGGUGUUUUGGCUGUGAGCUACUACCUGUGUUUCUGGAGAGGAGGACGCUUGGGCUACAGGCCCAGCAGAGAUCUGCUCACCAAAUACUGAUGAUUAGCUUUAAUAAACAUUUUGAAGUGGU